CGGGAUUACGGCGCGCAGCGCGGCGCAGUCCUCACUGCUGUGCGCUCUGCGAUGGAUUUCUCCUCACGGCAUUUUUCUGUCUGCCUGAACUGACCUUCAACCCCACUGAUCCGGAGAUAGACUAGCUUUAUGGAAACAUGGCCGACGUCCCUCAGCUCGUCAAAAUUGGGAUUUCCUUGAAGAUGCUUCCCAACAACUCCGCGGUGCACUUCAAAUCCGACGGCAGCAGGUUCGGACAGACCCGGACCAUCAAGCUGCUCACCGGCUCCAAAUAUAAAAUUGAGGUGGUGGUUAAACCGGGAGCUGUCGAGGCCACGUCGAUGAGUGUAGGUGGAGUGACCUUCCCCCUGGAGCAGCAGUCCAAAGACCCACAGGCAGUGGUCUACAGUGGCCAGUACGACACAGAAGGGGUGGCACACACUAAAAGUGGAGAGAGGCAACCAGUUCAAAUCAGCAUACAGUUCACAGAGGCGGGAAUGUUUGAAACGGUGUGGCAGGUGAAGUACUACAACUACAACAAGAGGGACCACUGCCAGUGGGGAAACAGCUUCAACAGCAUCGAGUAUGAGUGCAAACCCAACGACACACGCACGCUCAUGUGGGUCAACAAGGAGAUGUUUGUCUGAUGCCAGAACAACCUGAAAUAUUCACUGUUCAUUCUGCAAAAACAAAAGGUGUGCCGUUUCUAAUUGGCAGUAUGGCAUGAUGAUAUUAAGACACUCUGCUUAACUUUUUUUUAAAAAUUUAUUUUACUUUUUUCAUCAUCUACCCAAAUCAGAAAAUCUAGAGGUUUUUUUUUUGUUUGUGCUGUAAAAAGGUGCAUUAAA